AUGGGCACCAGCACAGAGGAAAAGGGUCAUAUUAAAGGUAAGACGGCAAUAAAACAGGCAGCCGUGAGAGUUGGCGCACCUUCAGUGCGGUUAAGGGCGCUGAAAGCUUUUGGACUGUGGAGAACUGCUAGAGUUUCAACUCGUUGGAAGGCCGCCGUCUUAACGGGCUAUUUACCGCUGCAAAGUCCACAUCACUUACCGUGA